CCCGGAAUUGACUCUCUGCUGCAGCCGGGUCGGGGCCGCCUCGCCUGUCAGGUUGUCGCCCCCGUUGCUGCCGGGUGUUUUCGGUGUCGGGUCAGCCUGAGCGUGUCCCGAGCGGCCGGCCAUGGCGGAUACAGCGCAGAACGGGCCCAUGCAGGGUGGCGCCGGCGGCGGAGCGGUGCAAUUUCUGAUGACUAAUAAGUUGGACACAGCAAUGUGGCUUUCCCGAUUGUUCACAGUCUACUGUUCAGCUUUAUUUGUUCUGCCCCUUCUAGGGUUGCAUGAAGCAGCUAGCUUUUAUCAACGUGCCUUGCUAGCAAAUGCGCUUACCAGUGCUCUUCGACUACACCAAAGGUUACCACAUUUCCAGCUAAGCAGGGCAUUCCUGGCCCAGGCUUUGUUGGAGGACAGCUGCCACUACCUUUUGUAUUCUCUCAUCUUCGUUAAUUCUUAUCCUGUUACAAUGAGUAUUUUCCCGGUUCUGCUGUUCUCGUUGCUUCAUGCUGCCACAUAUACAAAGAAAGUUAUUGAUGCAAGAGGUUUGAAUAGUCUGCCUUUCCUGAGAAGUCUUUUAGAGAAACUAAAUGCUAAUCAACAAAAUAUUCUAAAAUUUAUUGCUUGCAAUGAAAUUUUCCUGAUGCCAGCUACAGUUUUUAUGCUUCUUAGUGGCCAAGGGAGUUUGCUUCAGCCUUUCAUUUACUAUAGAUUUCUUACACUGCGUUAUUCCUCCCGUAGAAAUCCAUAUUGCCGGACUCUUUUCACAGAGCUGAGGAUCGUUGUUGAACACCUAAUAAUGAAGCCUUCAUGCCCUCUUUUUGUAAGAAGACUGUGCCUCAAUAGCAUUUCCUUUAUAAGCAGACUGGCACCAACAGUUGCAUAAUUAACUUUCAGAAAUGUGUGUAUGUAUAUAUUGUGAACAUUAUGAGCUGCUGGCAUUUCUGCUAAUGGUUAUAAAUUCCAGUUUUUACACUGAUCUCACUCGUUUGUAUAAAAUUGUCUAUACAUUUCCCUCUGAUAUAUUCAGUGCAUUGUCUCACAAAUAAGUCCUAAGUUUCCAAGACAAUAUUACUAUGCUGUAUUGCUAAUUGGUGAAAGUAUCUGUUUGCGUCUUAGCCAAAAUUAUUUUAAGGAAAAAAUACUCAGUCAUACAGAAUGUUAAACAAACAAAAAAACAUUAACAGAGAAUUGUACCUGGUUUUCCCCCAUAAAAUAGACCUACUGAAAGCAGAGAGAUAUAUUUAAGAAUUUUAGUCAAUCCUAGCUGUAUGCAUAGCUACUAUAAGAUGUUACCACAGCAUAACUUGUAGUCUGUUACAGAUAGCAAUUGGCAUAUGGACAUAUGCAGUACAUUUUGGACAGUAUUCUUUUCCACACUCCAAAUAUACCCAGUACACAUAAUUUGUUUAAAUUCACGUAGUCAGUUCAUGAAUGCAAACAUGGCCCAUUUAGGAUGUAAUCAAAUGGAUUAAAAAUCUCAUGAACUGUGGUGGUUGAUGUGACAGUUUUUUUGGAGGCGAGUCUGUUUUUUAAUGUCAUUUAAAAGUGAACACACCAAUAAAUCACCUAAUGCCCUCAUACUUUCACAUCCUGCAUUUGGGAGAAGUCUUAAAAUGUGACCAUAUCAAACUCUCUGAACAGUGGGCUUGUGUUUCUAUAUGAUGAAUAUCUUUGUUACUAUAGUGAAGUCACUGACCAGUGGGCUUCUGUAUAAAAUGAAGCUGCAGUGUUUAAACUCUUACCCACCUCAAGUCAUUGUGUAAUGUAAUAGUGCAAAAAAUUAUUGCAAAUACAAGUGCUUUUGUGCCUAAAUAAGACUGCAGCAAUUUAGGCAUUGCUACUUUUUAGAAAAUAUAAAUUGUAAAAUCUGUAGCUAGUCCUAUAGGAAUUCUUUCCCCAGUUACUAAGAACCUCACUGACAUGGAGAACUUACGUAAAAGAUUGCACCUGGUCAGACAUCUGUUGAAACAAAUUACUGUAGAGAAAAUUUGGCAUAAGUCAAUCUGUUCCUAUAAUCGCACUACUAAACAUCUUGACUUCAGAAAUGCAUGUGAACUUGAGUGCUGAUUACACAUUCAUCCAGCAUACCUCAUUAUUGUAAAGGUAUUCAUUUUUUUUGGGAAUUACAUUUUGUCUGAAUUUAGCCUGUUUCCUUAAAAUUUGGGUAAGAUGUUUGGGCGAGUAGGCACAGUAUACAGUUGAUACUUCAGUUGCAUAGAAGUUAAAUUUUAUUCAUUGAGCUUCUUUAUAAUUCAGUGUCCUUUACUACUGCAUGAUCAGAUCAGACCUUAUACUAAAUAUUUGGAAAACUCUUGCUCCUUUAAGUCAAAAUAUUUCCUUGUAAUUAUCUCAUUUCCUUAUGUAUGUUGCAGAUGUAAUUUAGACUUUUCAGUCAUUAGUUUCUGUUAGGAGCCAUGCAUUGUACAUUUUUGCUCAACCUCCAGGUACUGACAAAAAUGAUGUGAAUAAUUUUACUUGAUUGCUCUGACCUUGGCUUUUUGAGCAUAAUUAGCUAUUUAUGGAACUGUGCAGAAGCAACUGCAUGCUAUACUCUGGUACAGCUGCUCAGAUCUGCAACCAGCCUCAAUGUCUGUGUCCUGUGAUCUGAGUGUUUUUAUAAAACUAAAAUUUCUACAGCAAUAAAAUGAAUAUUAGAAAAGAGUUUGCUAGUAGUUGGCUUUUCUAGUUUAUUUCCUCUUUGUAAAGUAACUGCAAUAUUCUGAGAUGAGUCCUGAAGUUGAGCAGAGAGUGCAAUUUUGGUGCGUGUGUUUUUCUCUGCCUAGUCCCAUUACCACACCUGAAUCUAACCUAAAUGCUACACAGAUCAGAGCCCUGACACAUUCUUACAUCCACCUUUUAUUUUGGAUCCACCUUUUUACUUAUCCUAAGAAAGCAAGAUUUUAAAGGUUAGCACUGGUGUUCACAACCCUGGAGGGCAGCAUUCAAGAAAAAUGUUAGUUUUUCUUUUAAAUUUAAAUUGUGGUACUUAAGCAUCACAUCUUUUAGACCCAAAACCUUGUAACCAAAAGAACAGAAAUGUAAAUGUAAAUCUGCUCUUGAGCCUACCUAUCUUUGUAUGGCAGCAUGCUGUGUCUAGGAUGUUGAAUGUCCUUGUUGGAAAAUUAACAUGUUUAUCAUUCUUAAAUGCCAUGCACAUACGUGAGGCAUGAUUUAUCUCAUUUAGACCACUAAUUUAAGAGAAAUAACUCCUGAUAUACACUUGAGUAAGUGAAAGGUGCAUAAAGACCUUUGCAGUGGUCGUGUAGCUGCAUUGGUCCCAGAAUACAGGAUGCAAGGUAGGUGAGGUAAUAUCUUUUAUGGGACCAUCUUCUAUUGGUGGAAUCAUAGAAUAUCAGAAAGGGACCUCAGGUCAUCUAGUCCAACCCCCUGUUCAAAGUAGGACCAAUCCUCAGUUUUGCCCCCGAUCUCUAAGUGGGUCCUCUCAAAGACUGAGCUCACAAUCCUGGUUUUAGUAGGCUAAUGCUCAAACCACUGAGCUAUCCCUCCCCCAUGGCUGUAAGCUUUUUUUAGAUCCUUGGCAUUUAAUUUGCAUAAGUUCAUUGAAACCUUCAUCUCACACUGUUUUUCUGUUGUCAGAUUCUGAACCAGCUAGGGGACCAUCUGCUAGUGACAUUGUGCCUGAUUCACCACUUCAUUUUUACAUGGGUGUGACUUACUUGAUUUCAGUGGAGUUAUGCUGAUGUAAAACUGGAGUAAAACAGGACAAUUAGGCCUGUUUAUUACAGCACCUGUACCAUACUCUGAACACGUGGGAGAGUAGCUGGGUAAAUAAGUGAGUAAGUCUGCUAUGAAUAGAGAACUUGAAGCAGAUGAAAUGGCUAGAAAGAGCAGAACUAGCAGGCCCGAGGAAGGUAUGAUUCUUUCUUUUAACUGGGUUGGUUUGGUUUUACUUAACUUGUUGGGGUUUCUUUGGUUAUGAGAAAACUAUGAGAAACUGAUUACGAAACUUUCCAUACCUAGGAUUUAGUUUGACUAAUACCCCAGGCUUUGUAGAAGGUUUCCUAAUUACUCUGUCCACAGUAUUACCCAGAUUUAGCAUAUAGCACAGAGAGAUGACUGGACAAAACGGCAAAUAUAGUUCUGUGCUUAGCUUGAACAACCUAGCUCGUCAAUGCUUUGCAAUACUCACAGGACAGCCAAGUUGUGGGAAUAGUUUUGACCCCUCAUUUUGCUUGCAAACUACAAGCCAACACUUUCCAGCAAGCGUUCUUGAUCCUUUGUCAAUCCUCAAUACCUAUUAUCUGAUGAACUCAGUGUUUUCCCAUCAUCACAAAAACAAGGUUGGAAAUUUUUGU